AUGCCACAAACCGUUAAUAAUGAGAAUGAAUACAGGUUAACCAGGUCGAAAGCAAUGCAGAACCAGAGCUUGCGAGGGAACGAAGGGGGGCCCAAGACACACGCACAAACACAGAUGGAGGCACAGAGCCAGAAAGGAGGACGAGGAGAGGCGGUAAUGGGAGAUGGAAACGGCGACACGAAGGACGGGUUGUACAAUUUGUCACAGCACUCGUCGGAGGAGGUGUUGGCGGGAACACGAAGCUACUUGGGAGACGUCUCGAACCAGUACGGGUCGAGUGGUGUCAAGCCCAAUAUGGGGUCGAAAAGACGGCCGCUUGGGGGAGAUAAUGCUCCGUUGCAGCAGCACCAGCGGAUUAUGUUGAAGCCAAACAAUUCGAGCACGAACACUAAUCAUUUACUUGCAUCACAACCGAAAGACACCGUCACGACGACCACCGCGACUAUUAAUGACAACACUAACGGCAAUAUCACUACUAAUAAUCAUACAUCUGCAUCGUCAUCGAACUCGUCGACCCAGAAUCUCGCAGUGCCUGCCAGGAUGCCGCAGAAGAGACAGGCCACCGAGUCGUCCACCAAUUUGGUGGAAAAAUUGCACAUCUCGGGUCCCCACAGCAACCACGUCUCGUACAAAAAGUCGAGAAUCAUCGACUACGAAUGGCAGGACUUGGAUGAGGAAGACAUUGACGACCCCUUAAUGGUAAGUGAGUAUGUCAAUGAUAUCUUCCCCUACCUCAGCGAGUUGGAACACAAAACAUUACCUGACUCGCAAUAUUUGUUUAAACAAAAGCAUUUGAAACCCAAAAUGAGAUCCAUCCUUGUCGACUGGCUUGUUGAAAUGCACACCAGAUUCCGCUUGUUGCCGGAAACCUUAUUCUUGGCUAUCAAUAUCAUGGACAGAUUCAUGUCGCUCGAAAUCGUCCAGAUCGACAAAUUACAACUCUUGGCCACAGGAUCCUUAUUUAUCGCUGCCAAAUACGAGGAGGUGUUUUCUCCCUCUGUUAAAAACUAUGCAUAUUUUACUGAUGGUUCAUACACUGAAGAUGAAAUCUUACAGGCCGAAAAAUAUAUCUUGACCAUCUUGAACUUCGACCUUAACUAUCCUAACCCCAUGAACUUUUUGAGAAGAAUCUCAAAAGCCGACGACUACGAUGUCCAAUCAAGAACAUUAGGUAAAUACUUACUAGAAAUCACAAUAAUUGACUACAAAUUUAUUGGCAUGUUACCGUCGUUAUGUUCGGCUUCGGCCAUGUACAUUGCCCGGUUGAUUUUGGGUAAGACCCCAGUAUGGAACGGGAACUUGAUUCAUUAUUCAGGCGGCUAUAGAGUCAGUGAUAUGAAGGACUGCAUCGAAUUGCUCGUCCAAUACCUCAUUGCUCCGGUCGAACACGAUGAAUUUUUCAAAAAAUACGCUACCAGAAAAUUCAUGAAAGCCAGUAUAUUAUGUCGAAGCUGGGCUAAAAAAAUCGUGUCUGAGAAUAAGGAUAUAUUUGCUAAUGAUUUAUUCAUUAAUAAGGCUGAAAAUUAA